AUGGCCCCCAAAUUUGUUGGCAAUAAGUUCCUUAGGGAGAUAAAAGUGACUAAAGACCCAACCCCUUUAAGUCCAAGACACAAGGCUCUAGCUCUCCUGCUCCUAUUGCCACUCGACCGAGCUUUGACAUUUCAUUUGGAGCUCUCUCAGUCCCACAUUUGCUUUUAUCUACUCCUUUUGAGCUCUGAAGGGGCUAGAUCUAGAGAACUACAUCUUUCCAAUGUCUGCAAGGAAGAGUCACCUAUAUCCAAGGUGCCUUUACUGUUGUUUGACUCUCCUCCCAAAGACAAGGGCAAGGGACAGUUGUUAGAGACUGAGGCCGAUGGAGAAGAAGAUAAAUGA